AUGGGUGUACCUGGCUUCUAUCGGUGGGCAGUGCGCAGAGUACCUCAUCUGCGAGCAAAGAGCACCGGGCCCCCCUACGAGUUUGACAACCUGUACUUGGACUUCAAUGGUGUCGUCCACACCUGCGUGAAUGACUGGACACUUCAGGAGCAGGAGGACCAUCUCUUCCAGCUCAUUGAGGCGCAACUCGCCGUGUUGUUAUCACUGGUGACUCCCAAGGUUCUGCUUUAUGUGGCACUGGAUGGGGUGGCCCCAAGGGCGAAGAUGAACCAGCAGAGAUCACGGCGCUUUCGAAAAGCCCAAGAGACAGAUGCAGAUGGUAUCGAUGCAGUCAUCGAUGUCUUCGACCGCAACGCCAUCACGCCUGGGACUCCUUUCAUGCAGCGCUUGUCGGAUCGGCUACGGCACUGGGCCGCCUCUCAGGUUGCAGUGCCCGAUCUGCAAGGACUGAGCAUAGUCAUUUCUUGCGAUCGCGAUCCAGGCGAAGGGGAGCACAAAAUCAUGGAGGUGAUUCGGAACCAUCCCGAGCACACGCACUGCCUUUGCAGCAAUGAUGCCGAUCUGGUGUUCCUCGGGCUGGUGUGUGAAUCCGAACACGUAUACCUGCUGAGAACGAAGCCCAACUACGAGAAAAGGGUGCGCACCGACACUGGGCCGUCUCAGGAGGCCCCGGACUCGGACGCCUUGCCGCUACCGGCCGCAGAGCCGGCCGCAGAGCCGGCCGCAUCCGCCGCCGCAGGGCCCAUGGCCGAGGACUACGAGAUGCUGAGCAUCGUGGCCCUGCGCGCCUGGCUGUCCAGCCAGUUCCCGGACUGUUUACCGAAUCGACUGCUGGCUGACUUUGUGGCGAUGUGCUGCCUGGUUGGGAACGACUUCCUGCCUCACAUAGCAGCUGUCGACAUCUACGAUGGCGGCCUGGACAAGCUCCUAGCAGCCUAUUACCAGCUCAAGCCUGCAGUGAAUGGGUAUUUGACCACAGCAGACCUCACCCUGGACUUGCCCCGAUGGCGUGGUUUGCUGGAGACGGUCGCACAGGAGGAAGCCGAGAUCCUGCUGGCCAUGCUUGGCCUGGGCUGGGGUCCAAAGCAGCUGCCCUACCGCGGCCCUGGGCCCCCUUCCUCGAAUUGGGACGGCUUGUCCGUGGUCGUAUCACCUGUGCCGCGGAAGGCCACCGCAGCACAACUUUGGGCAGCAAUGUCAAAACAGGGCUGCAUCGUGAAGAGCGUUCACCAACUGAAGCAGUCGCGAGGACCUGCUUCCUGGCUGGUCUGCUUCGCUGAACCGGCGUCUGCUGUCAGGACUUUGGUGGCCACCCGCCGCAUCGAGACCCAGCGGCUACAGGUGACCUGGGCGGUACCGAGUGGCCUGCAGUUCGAGGAGUCGCCCCCAGAGCCAGCAGAGGCCAUGAAUUGGCGGGAGGAGCUGAACCGCUCCGUCCGAGAGUCCUUCGAGUAUUGGCUUGGACCGGAGAAUCUUCCCAAUGAUGCGUUUCUUCGAAGACAUGUCCGCCAGCGGAGAGACCGGUUUGUGCCUUUGCGGGUCUUCGUCAUGUUCCGAAGACUCAGGGUUUGGAUGCAAGACCUUGCGCAGCUGGCACAGGUCCUCGCCCCUUCGGAGCUCUUGGAAAUUUGGGGUGAAGGACGUCAAGCCUGGGUCCGCCACAAGGUCGACCACAGCCGACGUCCCAAUGAGUCGGAAGAUCAGGUUGAACGGCAAACUGCCUGCUUGGAGCUUCUUGCGACCCGUCGAUGUGUUGACGCAGUGUUGAUGCUGCGGCCAGAGUACUAUGCCCGAUAUGGGGGGCCUGUUACGAGUGGUUCGCCGGCAGCAGAUGACAUUGCAGCAGUCGAGCAUCAUCGAAGCGUCGCUUUCCUCACAGGGAUUGAGUGGGUGCUGCACUAUUACGUCCGGGGGUGCCGUUCCUGGUCAUGGUUCUAUCCUGCACACUACCCGCCACUAUGUGCCGGCCUUGCAAGCGUGCAAGGGCCACUUCCAGCUCCGCCCCUCGAUGCGCCCGUUGCUCCAGAGCUGCAGCUGCUGGCGGUGCUUCCACCGCAGUCCUCACCGCUGCUUCCACAAAGAUUACGGCCGCUGUUGGAGGACAGGCAGUCCCCCAUCGCCGACUUCUACCCCUUGCAUUUCGAGACGGACCUGAAAGAAGGAGACAAAGAGUGGCAGGCCAUCGUUUUGCUGCCCUUUGUGGACGAAGAGCGCCUCCGCAAGGCCCUCUUUUCCGUCCUUCAGGAGACGGAUCUGUCGAAGUCCAAGCCGGCACAGGCCGUCGUGGUGGAGGAGGCUGUCUUGCGCAGCUGGAACUUUGCAGCGUCGGAAUCAUUGCCCCAAAGCAGAGCGUGCCGAGAUGCCGAAGGAGUUCCACUGCAGUUUGCCGAGGCAGCCGCCGCUGUCCUCCUCCUUGCCACAGAGACAGCGCGCAAAGGCGGGAAAGGUGCCCAGCAGGGGAAGGGGAAAGGAAAGCGUGGGCAGAACGGCUCCAGCAUGAAGCGAACUGAGAAUGGGGAGGACAAGGCGGAUGCAGGAGCGAUUUCUGGAGAGAGAGCAUCUCUGCACAAUGGUUUGGCGGCAGCAGCUGCAUCUCUACUGGCCCGGAUGUCUUGUCAUGACCAGCAGUGCAGCAUUGCUUGA